CGCCCCUCAUGUUAAAUACUAAAAUGUGAACAGUACAGAUCAAUAUUCACUGACAGAGAGCCAACCCUGAGACUUGAGACACCCCAACCAAUGAAUGUUAAAGCAGGCCUCUCAAAUGGCAAGAACAGCAGCAGGCUGAAGGACCUGGUCCCUGUCCCUCAGCCCCAGUCAGAGGAGAAGAUGCAGGAGAGGGGCCAAUGGAGCAACAAACUGGAGUUCAUCCUGUCUGUGAUGGGAUCCAUCAUCGGCCUGGGGAACAUGUGGCGCUUUCCUUACCUCUGUUACAAGAACGGAGGAGGUGCAUUUCUCAUCCCCUACCUGAUCUUCCUGUUCACCUGUGGCAUACCUGUGUUCUUCCUGGAGACUGCUCUGGGCCAGUACACCAGCGAGGGAGGCAUCACCUGCUGGAGGAAGAUCAGUCCACUGUUUGAGGGUCUUGGCUAUGGCACCCAGAUCAUCGUGGCUCUGCUGAACUCCUACUACAUCGUGGUCCUGGCGUGGGGAAUCUUCUACCUGUCUUUCUCCUUCUCCUGGGAACUCCCUUGGUCCUCCUGCAACAACACCUGGAAUACAAAAAAUUGCGUGGAGUUUCAGAGGAGGAACUAUUCUGUCAACUACACCCUGCCUGAAAACUCCACAUCCCCCGUCAUUGAAUUCUGGGAGAGAAGAGCCUUGAGGCUGUCGUCCGGCAUCGACCACAUGGGCUCUCUGAACUGGGACCUGGCCCUCUGUCUGGCCAUCGCCUGGGUCAUGUGUUACUUCUGCAUCUGGAAAGGGGUCAAAUCCACUGGGAAGGUGGUGUACUUCACAGCUACCUUCCCCUACCUGAUGCUGAUAGUUCUGCUGAUUCGAGGAGUCACUUUACCUGGAGCGGACCUAGGGAUCAAGUUCUACCUAUACCCUGACCUGUCAAGACUAGCAGACCCUCAGGUAUGGAUGGAUGCAGGCACCCAGAUCUUCUUCUCCUAUGCCAUCUGUCUAGGCUCCCUCAUAGCAUUGGGGAGUUACAACAAGUACAACAACAACUGCUACAAAGACUGCCUGGCCCUGUGCUUCCUGAACAGUGGGACAAGCUUUGUGGCAGGCUUUGCCAUUUUCUCCAUCCUGGGUUUCAUGGCUUAUGAACAGGAUGUCCCCAUCUCAGAGGUAGCAGAGUCUGGUCCUGGUCUGGCCUUCAUUGCGUACCCUCGUGCUGUGGCUAUGAUGCCGUUUUCUUCACUAUGGGCCAUCUUCUUCUUUAUCAUGAUCAUCCUGCUAGGGUUGGACAGUCAAUUUGUGUGUGUAGAGAGCUUGACAACGGCCAUGGUGGACAUGUACCCCGAGGUGUUCCGUCGUAAGAACCGCAGGGAGCUCUUUCUGGCUUUAGUGGCCUUCAUCUCCUUCCUCAUGGGCCUGGUCAUGCUGAUGGAGGGUGGGAUGUAUGUGUUCCAGCUGAUGGACUACUAUGCUGCUAGUGGCAUGUGUCUUCUCUUCAUGGCCAUCUUUGAGACGGUCUCCAUCGCAUGGGUCUAUGGUGUCGACCGCUUCUAUGAUAACAUUGAAGACAUGAUUGGCUACCGUCCAGGACCUUACAUUAAAUACUGCUGGCUGUAUGUCACCCCAGCCACAUGCAUUGCCACCUUUGCAUUCUCCCUCAUCAAGUACACCCCUCUGAAGUACAACAAUGAGUAUGUGUACCCCUGGUGGGGCUAUGUGAUAGGCUGGCUCCUGGCUCUUGCCUCCAUGGUCUGCAUCCCUCUCUGGAUUAUCUACAAACUCGCCACCACAGAAGGAACACUCAGAGAGCGCAUUCACAUCCUCCUCCAGCCCUCUAACGACCUACCCAAAACCAAGAGAGAACAGGAGAGGAUGCUGGCCACCUUCGCCCCCAAGGGCGAGGGAGGCAUGGAGCCAGUAGGGGUACCAAACAAAGAUGGCUACCUCCCAGUGGGGGUGAAGGACUCAAACUGCUAAGAAGACCCCAGUGACAGUUGGAGUGACUCUUUCAGUCAAUUAAGUCAUUUUGGGAAAUUAACUGAAAUUCCAAUUAAAGAGAAAGUGCAUCAGGCAGCCAGAUAAGCAAUGAGAGAGAGGAACAAUCGUGCACUCUUGCAUCCCAUAAGCUCUCUUUUACGGAACCAAUGGGCUUUCAGGUAGAAAACAAGAUGACUGUGUUCAAUUACAAAAGCUUAUUUCUCAUUGUUCAAUGGACACUGAUCUACACGUGUAUAAUAUUGUCUGUCUAUGGGAGAUUGUUGUUAGGCCUACUGUAUUGUAUUCCAUAUUGUAUUAAAGGAAUCAUCCCACUGGGCACAGAUGUCAAUUCAACGUCUUCCAUGUUGGUUCAACGUUAUUUCAUUGAAGUUACGUGGAAACAACAUGGAAGACGUUGAAUUGACAUCUGUGCCCAGUGGGAUGGUAAAGAAAAAGAAGCUGUACAUUACAAAUGAGAUGAAUAACCGUUGACAUUGUUAGAAUGUGGAUCAUUGUUAAACGAGAAUGUAUUGUAUCACCUUUGUUAAUUUAACAAGAGCUAACAACCGUUGAACUAAUAGAAAAUGUGUACAAUAUUUUAAUGAUUUGAUUUUUUGUGUAACAUGACUACAAAAGACUGUACAAAGUAAAUAUAAAUGUAUGUUUUGAAAUAAACAAUGUGGCAUAUAUUA